CUGAGUGAAGCACAAGUCACCGCAUCUGCGUCCUUUGUUUUUGGGAUUCUGUCGUUGUGCGUUGAUCUUUCUUAAUAUUGAUUAUUUGAUAAUGGGCUUCGGGCGGUGCGCGUUCCUUAUUACCAUUGACUGGCAGACUGGCACAGGUUUUUGGAGAAGUGGAGUAGUUUCACUAACAAAUUCAUCUCUGCUGUCCACAUAAGAUGCACCAACAAAAAAAUCAACUCUGAUUUCCCUCUCUUCAGUCUACCUUUGACAAGAUCAGAAAGGGCACAAUCCAUCAACAGGCCAGCCUUCUCAGGCUGAACACAAUGUUCUCUUUGUGACUUUUAGAAGAUUCACUUUCAUCCUUUAAGUUAACACCUUUUACAUUAAACAUAACUCAUUAUAUUAUUGCAGAAAACAGCCCUCAGCCAAUCCAGUGGCUGACGGGUUAGGAGGAGGGGCUUCAGGAGUAUCCCAAUAGGAGUGUUGUGAGGUUAGUAGCGAGCAGGUUGCUGGUGCCGAAUGCAGAACAUCCUCGAGCAGAACUUGGACAUGGCCACAGCUCUGCUUGCGGGUGAAAAGCUGAAGGAGUUGAUCCUGCCGGGUUCCACCCAGGAUGAGAAGGGUGGGGUACUCGCUGGUCUCAUGGUGCAGCUCAAACUAGAGUUGCCCUUUGACCGGGUCGUCACCAUAGGAACUGUCAUCAUCCCUAUACUGCUGGUCACAUUAGUGUUCACACGGAACUUUGCAGAGGAAUCUAUAUAUUGCUACACACCACACAACUUCACACGAGAUCAGGCCCUGUAUGCCAGAGGCUACUGCUGGACGGAGCUGCGGGAUGCAGUACCUGGUGUCGACCCUGAACUCCGGCCCUCCCUGUUUGAGCACAAGUUUCUGCCUUAUGCUCUGCUGGCCUUUGCAGGCAUAAUGUAUAUACCUGCCCUGGGAUGGGAGUUCCUGGCCUCCACUCGCCUCACCUCUGAGCUCAACUUCCUCCUUCAAGAGAUCGACAACUGCUACCACAGGGCAGCCGAGGGCCGAGCACCCAAGAUUGAGAAGCAGAUCCAGUCCAAAGGGCCAGGGAUUACAGAACGCGAGCGACGUGAGAUCAUUGAGAAUGCUGAGAAGGAGAAGAGCCCUGAGCAAAACCUCUUUGAAAAGUAUCUAGAAAGGCGAGGGCAGAAUAAUUUUCUGGCUAAGUUGUAUUUGGCACGGCAUUUAGCCAUCAUCUGCCUCAGCUCAAUCCCCAUUACUUACCUGAGUACUUACUAUGCCCGUCAGAAGCAGAACGAGUUCACCUGUGCCCUGGGUGAGCCGCCUGACACUAGCAGCAUUCCUGAAUUGCGGUUAAAUGUUAAUUGCAAACUGCCAGCUGUGCAGCUCCAGCGCAUAAUGGCUGCUGUGGAUAUCGCCUUGCUCUGUACUAUGAACCUUAUCAUCCUUUUGAACUUGCUGCAUUUGUUUGUAGUGCGCAAGUCCAACUUUGUCUUCGACAAGCUACACAAAGUGGGCAUUAAAACACGCAGGCGCUGGCAAAAGUCACAGUUUUGUGACAUCAAUAUUCUGGCCAUGUUCUGUAAUGAGAACAGAGACCACAUUAAGUCUCUUAACAGACUGGACUUUAUCACUAAUGAGAGUGACCUCAUGUAUGAUAAUGUGGUGCGGCAGCUGUUGGCAGCCUUAGCUCAGUCCAACCACGAUGCCACUCCGACUGUGAGAGACUCUGGUAUCCAGACUGUUGACCCCAGUAUGAACCCAUCUGUGCUUGGUGUAGGAGAUCUGGGUGGAGAACCCUCAGUAAUCAAAAGACCCCGCAAGAAAAUGAAAUGGAUCCCCACAUCUAACCCUUUGCCACAGUCCUUUAAAGAACCCCUCACUCUAACCAGGCUGGAAAAUAGUAUGAAGGCAGAAAAACCUAAACCAGUGCGGAGGAAGAAUGAAAGCAUUAUGGCUCCACUUCUGGACAGUAAGAGCACACAACAUCCUCCUACUACCAAAGCUGCAGAAACAUAUAAUAUAGAGAAGAAACACACUCUUAAUCUCACACUGGAUGUUCAUCCUUAUAUGCUAACCAUUCAGAAAGCAAAAGCAGAAACAGUGAACCCCGACCCACCCCCUGUUGAGCACUCUCUUGACAAUGUGUAUAUUGAGGGCCCACAUACAGUUGGCCAUAUCUCCUCUUCUCUAACUGAGAAGAAAGAUUCUCCUCCACUGUCCACAACCACUGCCUUCUCCACAGCCACACUCUCCACAACAUCCUAUAUGAAUGGUGGUACAACCAACCUGCCUCCAUCAGACUCCCUGAAGGUCAAGGAUCCUCUCAAUCAGGGGGCUGAACCUGAGAGCCAACCUAGGCCUUUCAGCAGAAACCCCUCACACCCACUGCUGAGCAUCCAUCACACUUUGUAUGAGGAAGAGGAGGAGCAAAGCAGAAGAGCCAGACUAGCCAGACCUGGCGAGCUGAUUGCUGCUGGAGAGUGCUGAAGGCAAAUGCAGAUAAACAUGUGCACGUACUCACACACAAAUGCAAUAGCACUUAGAAUAUGAAUUGAAGCACAAAGGAAUAUGCUGGUUUUUAGGUGAUGUUUUUGGUUUUCCAGUUAUGUGUGGAUCUCUGAUUAAUACAUUUUUAGAGAUAACGAUUAUGGGACAUUGGGGUAGGCAAUGUUGAGAUGUUAUACAGUAACACAUUCACACUGUGACAAGGAGGAGGGUGUGGCCGGGCCGUGAGUGUGCACAGCUGGCGCUAAGUCAAUUAAUUAGUGGGAGAGAGAGAUAAAGGGGAGCCGGAGAUGCCAGUUCGGGAGAGAGAGAGACACACACGACCAUGCUGUGUGUGUGUGUUUAUGUUUGUUUUAUGUUGUUUUAAGUUGCGUUUAUGUCAUUAAAGUUUACGUUGACUGUUCUGCCAGUUCCCGCCUCCUCCUUGCCCAUCCCUUACCCGUUACAUUGGUGCUGAAACCCGGGAAGGAGGAGGGAUGCGUUGUCAUGGAGUCUCUAUGCCGCUGCCAUCCGCCAGGGGAGGAGCCGCGGCCGGGAGUCGGAGGAACCGCUGCCAUCCACCAGGAAGGGGAGGAGCCGUUCCAUCCGCCAGGGGUCGGAGGACUCGCUGCCGUCCGCCCAGGGAGGAGCGGCUGUCGUCCGCCUGAGGACCAGGCAACGGCGUGCAAGUUUUUCCUCUCUCUCUCCACUCUCUCUCUCCCUGUGUCUCUCCCGCUCACCCUUUCCCUCUCCCCUCUCCCUCCCCUCAUCUCUCCCUAGGUUCCCAGGAGGCGAGGUGGACCAUUGGCUGGCUGAACAGCUAGAAGGGCAGCGUCUCCUCUGCAGAGAUGGGGGGGUUGGGGUAUGCCAGUCCAGAUGGCACCCCGGCCUGAAUCGGGCAGGGGAGGAGUGUCACGAGGAGGAGGGCGUGGCCGGGCCGUGAGGUUGCUUGGCCAGCGCUGAGUUAAUUAAUCAGAGAGAGAGAUAAAGGGGAGCUGGAGAUGCCAGUUUGGGAGAAAGACACCCAAGACGUUGUUGCUUACCCUAUGGGUUGAUGUGUCCCCUAUAACAUUCCAAAUGAAGGCAGACGCACAUAAAAUUUAUUUUUAUUUUUUAUUUUAUUUUAUUUUUUGCAAAAAGCACGAUUUGUUCAUUUAUAACAUUAAUUUUAAUGCAGUUUCAUUAACUUUAACACGCACAUUUUUUUCACAGAUAUCAAGAGGUAUCCAACGCAAUACACUUUAUGUAUUCUUAAAAUAUGCAACCUCACAUUAUUAUUGUUGCAAUAAUAUGCAGAUAUGGAAUGUAUAUACUAAGCUGUAUAGAAAAAAAAUGUCUUCUUACAUUUAAUAAUAUGAAAUAUUUUAGUCAUUUUCCUUGUUCAAAAAUGAUCAUCACUAUGGUAAUUUACAAAACCCAUGGCUUGUUUAUCCACACACCUUCUGUGCACUUAUUCAAUGGAAUUGAAUCAGUCUAGGUCUCUGGGUCAAAGUGUUAAAGACAUUCAACUCUAGAUCAUCAAAGAGGAACAAAUGGAUUCUUACACCAGCUUUUUUGAAUUGACAGUGUUAUGAGGGGAGGAUUUCAACUUCUUUAGCAAAGUGCUGUUUGACCUUUUCAAAUUGAAGAGGAAAACAUGCCUUUGAUAUCUGGUUCACCAUCACAUGAACCACAACUCAUGGAUAUUGUCAUUUUGCCUUUGUAAAUCCUGCUUAAAACAUUUGAUAUUCACUGAUGCACCUUGUGCUGAUGUAUAACAAAUAGCUUGCCAAAAACAAAUUACACUGAUUGUGAAAAGCGCACAAGAACUCACGACACUUAUAAUCCAAGAGCACCUUUAACCACAAGGCAUGAGCUUGAUAUUGGGAAAUAACUACUGCAGCUCACUGUUUUUUCUAGCACAUACCAUGAUUCAAGUGCAAUAUUUUGAUAACGAUUAUAUGUUAUAGGGAACAAAGAUCAUGAAUGACAAUACCAUUUGAGUGGAAAGAACCAUGGCUUUUUAGAUCUGAAAAUACUUUGGUGGUAUGAUGGGUGCUAAUCUCACACUUGAAAAUCUAGUAUUGUGACUGUAUGAAUAGCACUCAGUCCUUGAGCUGACAUGUCCAAAUUGUGUUAGACAAGGUAUGUGUCAAAAAAGUUGUCUUAAAGUCAUGAUUAUUUUUUCCACAUACAUAUUACCUUGUACUAUUUGUUAUAUUAUGUUGAAAGCUUGUAAAUUAAUAUUUUUAUAGCACCAAAUUAUGAUUUUAUUACUUUUAUUUUUUAGUUUCUUUUGUCUAUUUCUGUUCCACAAACUAAGCUGGGAUUUCUUGAAAAUGUGUUUAUAUACAGUAUAUUCAUGGAGCUGCAGCAUUUCAAGAAAGUAACCUGCAUUUAGAAAUCAAUUAGACUAUGCUAAAAAAAAAAAAAUUAUAAAAACAACAAAAAAAAAAAACAAAAAAAAAGAGAGAAAAGAA